GCGAUGAUCUCUAUAAUGUAUUCCAUAAUUAAAUUUACUCAAUAAUGUUAAAAUAAUAAAGAAAAUUAGUGUAAAUUAUUACUUAACUUUAAAAACAUUCUCUGUCACUUAAAAGACUCCCUCGCCGCCGGCAAUCCACCAUGGCCGAGGUUUCUUCCAUCUCCUCCGACAACAGCAACUCCUCCAAAUCUCCCCACCUUGCCUUCACCACAAUCUCCAGCAUCAAGCUUCAUAUCCCUGUCAAACUCAGCAUCUCAGAACCCAACUAUAAGAAGUGGAGUCGUCUCUUCCGUCUCCUCGUCCUCCGCUUCAAUCUCAUGGGUUUUCUUGAAGGCACCACCAAAGCCAAAUCCUCCGACGACACUGAAUGGUUUCAAUUUGAUGCUCUUCUUCAAGGGUGGAUCCUAUCCACGGUCUCUGAUGAAGUUUCGGAUCUCGUCCUCGCCAACAGUCCAUCCGCUCAUGCCCUCUGGACGGCGAUUCACAAACUCUUUCAUGACAACAAACAGGCUCAGGCGAUGCAGUUGGAGCACCGUUUCCGAACAACCGUCAAGGGAAAUCGGUCCAUCAAUGACUAUUGUCAUCUCCUCAAAAAUCUGGCAGACUACCUUGACGAUGUGGAUGCUCCGGUGACCGAACAUGCCCUCGUUCUCCAGGUUCUUCAAGGCUUGCCCCAAGACAUUCGGGGCCAAGUGCACUUCCUGCAGUAUCAAAAUCCUUUCCCGACGUUCCUGGAAGUACGCUCGGCCCUCCUCCUGGUAGAACAGCAGCAAACCGACGCCCUCUCCAACUCCGGGCCGCCGACUGCCCUCCUUAGCACCGGUGGUGGCAGCGGCAACCACACAGCAGGCGAAGGCCAGCCGCGGCAGUCCAGCGGCGGCUCUGGACGGGGCUCCUACGGCAGUCAGAACAGAGGCAGCAACGGGGGACAGCGUGGGCGCGGACGUGGACGCGGACCCAAUAAUGGACCUGAUUAUUAUCCAUACCAUGAGGAAUCACCAUACGAUACCCCGUCUCGGAGCUUUGGAUAUUCUCCAUACCAAGACAAGUGUGGGGAUUAUUAUGAACCUCAUGAUGAUCAAGAUGAUUAUGACGAACAAGGGCCAAUGUACGAUGACCAGCUAGAUCCACUUAUUGAAGAGAUUUUGUGGACUGAGAAAAAAAAACUUUAUCUUGACCUAGCAUUAGUAAUGGAGUGUUCAUUAUUUGAACCACGCUAUUGCCGUGAUUACUCUCUGACUCGUGAAGAGCAAAUCGAAGCAAACAGAGAUGCAAUCAAGGCGAGAGAACGAUUUCUCAAAACAGUCCAAGAAGAACGCCAACUGCUCCAAACCCAGAGAGAUAACGAACAACGCGAAUAUUGGGAGCAUGUGCAAAAGAUGCUGGAGGACUUUAAGAAGGCUAUGGAACAACAAGAAGAGAUGGAGGAAAUUGUUGUUCUAGAAGAGGAUGAAGAAUCUGAGACAGAAUCUGAAAUUGAAUCCAACAAUGUCUCAAUUCUUGAAUACCCACAAACUCCAUCCCCACUGUAUAUCGAGAACAAGAUAACACUUGCAGAAAUGAUUGCACGAGGUACAAUGGUGAUGCUUCCUGAAAGCCCACGAAGUUUAAUCGUACAAGAUGUGAAACCUACCGAGGGUCCUGUCUCGGAACCGCCUUCACCAGCUGCACCAGAAACGUUGGAGGAACCUGUCCUCCUAACAUGUGUUGAAGACACUUCUCCAGAGGAACCUGUUCUGGAGAAAUCUGAGCCCACCACCAACCCCCUUGAUACUGAUGAGUCUGAACAACCUAUAGAUGAGGAACUACCCUGUGAUGCUGAGUCCAUUCCGUCUAUAGGAGUUCUUAAUAUUGAAGUCUCACCGGAGGAUUCAGACGAAGCCUUCUUUGACUCCCUACUUGACGGGUACAACCAUUCUUACCUGAAGGAAAGUUAUAGUCAAAUAAGCUCGGACGAACUUUUGAUGAGCGACACUGAAGACUCAGGGGAAGGCGAUGCCGUAAUCAUCGAACCACAAAUAGAAAGUCAGCCCAUUGAAGACUUGGAAAGUCAGAUCCUGGCACUAAAGGCCAAUGAUGUGGAUACACCGAGGAGACUCCCACCACCACCCAUCCAAGAUGAGUCUCCUCCAUUUUUCCUGUUGCCACCAAGCCGCAAGAAUGAGUCAAAGAUCCUGGACUUUGACUGGAAAAGAACCAAACAAAGGUGGCAUCAGAAGAGAGUCAAAAAGGUGGAGUUUGGAAUUAGGUUUGCUGGUGAACCAUUUUUGACUCAACAAAAAAAAGAGGAAUGACUAACUUUUGUGCACAAUUUUGUAAAAACCUUUUUUUUUAAAAAAAAUUGAGAUUAUCUAUGUCCCAAACUCUUGUUUUAU